AUGGAAAGAGGACUGUCAGGGGAACGAUAUCGUCCUCUGCAGCAGCACCAUCAACACGCCGAUGCUGUCAAACGGUUUCAAAAGAAGCAGGAUGACGUGCAAGUAGUUACCAUUGGUCAAUCAAAAGUAAUAGAAGAAGAAGCAGUCUACUAUUUAACCAAUUGUGAGCUUUUAAAUAACCACCGCCUCAAGGGGAAUGUGGUGCAUGUGGCUAUCGUUGUGAUUGCGAAAAAGGCAUGCAGUCAGCGCUCGUCCCAAGAGAGGAAAGGAGUCGUAGAGAAGGAACCACCCCUACUCAAUUCCUAA